AUUGGUGCUGUUGUGUCACCAGCACUAGCACCACCAUCAUCACCAUCAGCACAAACACAGCGGCAAGGAGGCGUGUGGUGUGGCUGUGGUGCUGUGGUGGUGACAUGUCUGGCGCCACGCAGUAUUGCCCCAACACUGCCUGAGUCAAGGCAGAAUGCUGGAGGAACGCAUCACCUUUCCCCAGCGGGUCGGGUCAGCCAGAUCAGGCUCUGGGUCGUCCAGGGUCAGCUCAGCAAGGGUGGCAGCCGGGCGGAUUGGUUCGGCCCGGCCCUCGGACACCAGGCGGCCCAAGCUACACACGGGGCGCCCCUCCUCUGCCCCCCCAGCCCACAACCCCCCUGCCACACCCUCCCAGGGGUGGCUUGUGGGUCGACUUGCUGCUCAUGGUCCACACCGCAUCCAUGAUGUGGCCCACCUCAACCUGCGUGUGGAGGGGAAAUCGAUCCGGUCAGUCUCCUACACGCCGCGUCGUCAGCAGCCAGUCAGCCGGGGGUCAGUGAGGGUGGUGUCCAGCCAUGCCCACCCCAUCCCAGCACGCCACAGGCAGUUCCUGUCCAUGCACAAGGCUGGUGGAUGUGAGAGGCGGGGAGAGGCUGCAGCAGUGGCGGCAGCGGCAGCAGCAGCACACUCUAAGGGCGCCAUGAGGGCAGCAGCGGCAGCAGCAGUGGGCUUUGGCUCCACCUACACAGUGGUGUGUCUGGACCCUGAGCAGGAUGGGGGAUCCCACCUUGGGGCAACCUUCACCAAGGAGGAAGCCCCAGCCUUCUUUGGGGAAGGCCUGGGGGCCACCUACACCCUAAGGAGUGGCCAGGGGCUGCCCCCACACUCCCCCAGCAGCAGCGACUCAGACCUCCGGGUGCUAGGCAGGGGGGAGUAUGAGUAUGAUGUGCCUCCCCCAGCCCCAGGGGGAAGGGGCGGGUACUGGGAGGCAGGUGGGGGACGGGAGGACCUCAGUCGGGUGGCGACAGGUGACACGACCUCCAAUGAGGACUCGGAGAGUACUGUGAUGAGUCUGGGCCACCGCAUCCAGCUGAUGGCGACAGGACCAGCUGGCACCCCGGCCAGUGCUCCGGCCAGCACUCCAGCCUGGGAUGCUGAAUGGCGGACACUGCUGCAGCAGAACCACCGGCUGCUGCUGCAGCUGUCCAGCAGGGAGGAUCUCCGGGGUGAGGAGCAGCACCCCGACACCCCUCGCAGUGCCCCAGUGCAGGACAGCGCUGUGCAGACCCUGCCGCCUGAGCCGCCCCUCCUGUCGGAAUCCGAGGCAGGGGAGGAGCCAUUGCCACUGGACGGGGAGGCUGCCCCAUCCCGCCACAGCCCUGAGUGUGUGCUGGAGGACAUUGUGGAGGAGUCCAGCCUCAGCGACCGCUCCUCCCCAUGCACCACCACCAUCCUGGACUGCCUGGGCAAGGCCACCUCCCCCCUGCCCUGCAGAGACCGGGACUCACCCCCCUGCCCCACCAAGCAGGCCCUGGACCACCCUAGCAGCCCUGCGCUGAGCCAUGGCAGGACGUCCCCAAGUGUGGAUGGGGAAGAAUCCGUCCAUUUCCUGUGCAAGUCCCCUGCCCUCCCCCAGGACAGCUUCCAGGGGCCCCUCAGUGCCUCCCCCUUGCCCCAGGAAACCCCCCACCACCCCAGGCAGUCUCCAUCCAGUGUAGGGGAAGACACAGAGUACUUGCAGCAGUUGUCACCCCCCCCAGACAGACUCCAGGGCACUGGUGAGAAGUGGCCACUGCUGGGAGAGGGAUUGCCACACUCCCUUCACUGUGCCUCUCCUGUCUUGGAACAGAUACCAGAGAUCCCAAAGCAAAUCCCGGAGGCAGAAGACACAGACCAACAGAAUAGACCCUCCCUGUCCCCAGCCUACCCCACCAAACACUCAUCAUCUUCAGGAGACCAGGACACCACCACCCACACUCCAGGUCUGCACACCAGACCGUCCUACACUGACUCAUCCUGCAUGGCUGACCUGCCAAGCUAUCGUGCUGGGGCGGUCACCACUUUCAUCAUGCGUUCUCGCUUCUCUGCCCGGGACAAGCCAGCACUACCACAUCCCCAGCCCUCCAAGGAUCUGCUGGAGGCACUCAAGAUGAUUGAGGAUGAGGAGAAGAAUGCCAAGAGCAUCACAGAACCUCCUGAGAGAGACUUGCAGAGCUCCAGUGAGAAGACAGUGGCAUCCUCAGCAGUGCCCUCAGGUAUUAGCCACCCUACUGGAGGUGAGAGGGAGGGCACUGCCUCUCUCCCAGUGUUGCAGGUGCUGGCAGAGAAGGUGUUCCUCUUCACGCAGGAUCUGGUGGAGCGAUGGAACCUGGUGGAACAUAACGCAGGGAGUCGUGAGGAAUUGCUUCGUCAGAUAGCGGAGGCGGAGCGACAACUGGAGGCCCUCUGUGUGGCAGAGGGAUGGAAACGUGACCCAUCCACCAGCCCAGACCUCCACCGUGGCUGUGAGGAGCAGAUGCAGCGGCAGCAGGCAGAGGCGGAUGGCCGGAUACAAAAGAAUUUGGAGCUGAUCAGGAAGUUGAUGGAUGACAAGAGGCGGUUGACUGGGGAGUGUGAGCGUCUGGACCAGCGCAGCAAACUAUCAGACAAGCAACAUGCCAACCGAGUGAAGGCUGCUGAAGAGAGACACAGCCAGGAGCUUCGGUCACUCAAGGAACGCCUGAUCAUCUCCGAACAAGAACGUCGGGAGAAAUGGACAGCACAGAAAACCCGAGCCAUCCGGGAGUCAACACACCGGAGCCUUGAGACUAAACUGAAGGACAUGGGGGCUAAGCAUCGCGAUGAAGUGAGUCUCCUGAAGGCACAGCACUGGGAGGCCCUGAGGGAGGCUGAGGAAAGACAUCGUGCUAGUCUGCAGGCUCAGGAGGAGGAACUGAAGAGGAAGUUUGAGGAGGAGAAGGAAGAGGCAUGUCGCAGGGAGAGAGACAGGGAACAGCAGAGAUUAGACUUGGAGUUACGGCAGAGUGAACAGUUGUCUCUUGGCCGACUUGAGGCAGUGAGGAGACAGCAGGAGAAGGACCUCAAGGCUUUGAUAGAGGAGCACCAAGCAGCUCUGGACAAAACAAGGCAGGAGGCAGAGGCUGGAGCAAGGGAGGCUGCCAGGGAGAGGGACAGGAUGAGAGAAGAGUGGGAGGAUAAAUUGAGGAGCUGUACUAGGAAAUAUGAGGAGGAGUUGACAUCCCUACAGGAGCGGGAGGAAAGGGUCCGGAAGGAGUGGAGGGAGCAGUUCGCGAAGCAGGAGACAGAGGCGAGGCAACAGGCAGAGAGGGAGCUGAGGGAGCGGCUUAAGAGGCAGAGGGACAAGGAGAUUGACCGAGCCAUCAGAGAGCUACAGGCUGAGACAGCAGCUAGGGAGGAGGACCAGCGGAGGACCUGUGAUGCCAAGAUGAAGAACUUGCGUGAACGGUAUGAGGCUGAGAUGCAGGAGGUGGAGUGUGGGGAGAGGGCCGCCCGCACACGUUAUCUGGAGAUGAAGUCGUUGCUCACGCAGAAGGAGGAGGAGAUUGUGUACCUGAGGGCAAGACUCCACACGCAGGACCUGGAGCUGUGUGACCUGCAGCAGAUGCUGCAACCUCCUGAUGGUUAGGAGUGAAGGCACCUGGAUGGCGGUAAUGUGUGUGUGUGUGUGUGUGUGUGUGUGUGUGUGUGUGUUUCUGGACAUGUGAGUUUACUUUGAUAUCUGGUGUGUGUGUGUGUGUGUGUGUGUGUGUGUGUGUGUGUGUGUGUGUGUGUGUGUGUGUGUGUGUGUGUGUGUGUGCGUGCGUGCGUGCUCUUACCUAAUUGUAUUUUUAAAGGAUUGAGUAAAGCUCAUAAUGUCCCGUCUUUUAAAGCUAAUUUGCAAUAUUUGAAUUUGAAUAAUUUAAAUUUGUGAAUGCUCCUUGCAUGCACAACUUGGUCAGUCAGUACAGUCCAUUGGCUGAUUGCUCUGUCAGGAACACUAUAUUUCCUCACAUCUUCCCUCUUUGUCCUCUUGGUGCUGAUUGUUGUCUGGAAGUGUGUAUGUAUGUGUGUAUGUGUAUGUGUAUCUGUACAGUGAAAUAUUUUGUAGGUACAUGAUAGAAGAUUUAAAGAAUUCACUCCACUAUAUUUUCCACAGCACAACAAGAACCAAAGAUUAGCGAGUCACUAGAAUAAGGCAACUUAGAAUUAUUUAUUUAUUUCCUGCACUGACAAUCUGUUGAUAACACUGGUCUGCAUUGUAACGAGGCUGCAAUAUUGAAGAAUCUGAAUGCCUCUCUUGAUUCCUGGAAAUACAUAAGAAUUUGGGUUUUGAUUCCUGGAAAUAUGUAAGAAUGUGGGUCUUUCUUGAUUCCUGGAAAUAUUUUAGGGUCUUGGUCUUGAUUCCUGGAAAUAUAUAAGAAUUUGGGUUUUGAUUCCUGGAAAUACAUAAGAAUGUGGGUCUCUCUUGAUUUCUGGAAAUAUUUUAGGAUCUGGGUCUUGAUUCCUGGAAAUAUAUAAUGAUUUCUGUCUCUCUCUUGAUUCCUGAAAAUGUAUAAAAAUCUGAAUCUCUCACUUCCUGGAAAUAUUUUAGAAUGUGGAUCUUAUUGAACUUUCUUGGGAGUGGAAAAUGAACCCGUUUUUUCCACUACGCUUGUACUCUUGACUCACUUUCCUUUCGCAUUAAAAAACACAAUAAAAUCCACCUUGAUAUAUUUUUAAAGUCUGAAAUUUCUGCUGAAUUCUGAGGGAUUUUGGCAUUUUAUUAUUUUUUAUUUAUAUUUUUUUUCUUUUUAUAAGAAGAAAAUGAACUCCCUUUUUCCCAGUAUUCUUGCACCCCUGACUCACAUCCCUUACACAUUAAAAUAUAUAAAGAAAUAUGAUUUAAACCACUCCUGAGAUGGAAGAAAGCCUUAUAUUUCCAGUUUUUAGGAAUUUUUAUUAGCAUUUCCCUUUUCUUAACUCUUGGGAGCUGAAAAUUGAUAACUAUUUUCCCUCUAUUCAUGUAUCCCUGCCUAACAUCCCUCAUGAAUUAAAAGUUGAAAGCCUUAUAUUUCCAGGUUUGGGGGACUGUUAUUAGCAUUUCCUUUUUUUAACUCUUGGGAGCUGAAAAUUAAUGGCUAUUUUCCCUCCAUUCUUGUACCCCUUACUGACCUUUCUUUUCUUGCACAUUAAUAAACAACAAAAAUCUCACUUGAUACAGGAGAAAGUCUCAUAUUUACAGUGAGUUCCAAGGGAUUAAGCUGGGCAUCUUUAUGAUUUUCUUGGGAGCUGAAAAUGAACACCUUUUCCAUAAUUCAUUGCUUCCCUGACUAUUCUCUCAUGCAUUAAGAAAAAUUAACAAAGCCAUUCUUGAUGCACCAGAAUGACUUACAUUUCCAGCUUUGAGAGAGACAGACACAGAGACACACCACACAGGAGUAAUUGAGGAGCUGAAGAACAGACUUAACGUUACAAAUCCACAGCUUUCCAUAUCAUGUCCUGCCUAGGAGUACUUAUAACUAGCGUCCGUCAUGUUCCUCUCACCACUCUGUCCUGUUACUUCUAAGGCCAAUAGCUUAAGUACAAAUGUAGAGCUAAGUGUUACUCCUAGGACCAUACUCUGAAACACUUCUCCAUUGCAUAUCCACUACUUUCAAAAGACUUUAGUUGAAGUUACAUGGUUUUUAAGGAUGUUAUUGCAGAUCUAGCUGUAGAUUAACAAGGUUUCUAUAUUUGUAAUAGGAGGAACAUUCUUGAGAACCCAGUUUAUCAUCUCAUUUGCCUUUGAAAAUAGUCUUGGUGAAAGAGAGAGGGAGAAAGAGCAAAGUAUUUCAAGAUACAGGCACUAGACGGGCUGUUUAUGAUGCAGCUGUGAGACCAUAGAGGCUUGUGUUCUUGUGUUCUUGUGUCCUUCAGGGGCUUGUUCUCUCACCAGAGCUGUUUUUCCAAAGGCCACAGAUAAAUAGGCAGGUUCUAGUGGUGUUUGAUCUCUUUAGUGGUUAGAGUAUUUGUUAAAAUGUCACGAGUUAUGAAAACCCUAAUGACUGUUUUUUCAAAGGCCACAGAUGAAUAGUCAGGUUCUAGUGGUGUUUGUUCUCUCUAGUCAUCAGAAUACCUGUUAGACUGUCACUAGAAUUAUGAAAAGAAUUUAAAGGACUGUUUUUAAAGGCCAGAAUACUUGUUGAAAUGUCACUAGAAUUAUGAAAAAUCCAGGAACUUAUUUCAAAGGGCCACAGGGAUGGUUAGGCAGGUUAGGUUAGGUUAGUGGUGUUUGUUUUCCUUAGUGGUCAGAAUACUUGUUAGAAUCUCAGAAUUAUGAAAAAACCGAGAAAACCUCAGUAACUUUAACUAGACCAUGUGAAAGGUGUAGAAUGUCUGUUUAAACUAUCACUGAAUUCAUGAAAAACACCUUUGAAAUCUCCAGCGCUUAGUUUCCUUUAGAUCUGUCAAAAGUAUUCAUGCUAAGGCACUGAAGUAUUUAAGAGUGCAAUCCUUUGUUAAAUUUUUCACUAGGUUCAUGAACACACCCUUGAAAACCUCAGUAACUUCCUCUGCAGCCUGUUAAACUGUCACUAGAAUCAUGGAAACAUGCUUGAAAACCCCACUAACUUCCACUAUAGCCAGUUAAACUGUCACUUUAACCAUGAAAACACUCUUGAAGACCCUAAAAGAUCUCACUAGAGCCUGUUAAAUUAUCACUAAAAUCAUGAAAACACCCCUUGAAGACCCCAUUAACUCCCAUUAGAGCUUGUUAAACUGUCAAUAGAUUCAUGAACACACCUUGAAAAUGCCAAUAACUUCUACAGCCUGUUAAACUAUCACUAAAAUCAUGAAAACACCCUUACAAACCUCAAUAACUUCCACUAUAGCCUGUUAAACUGUCACUAGAAUCACGAAAACACCCUUGAAAAUCCCGAUAACUUCCACUACACCCUGUUAAACUGUCACUAGGACCAUGAAAACAUCCUUGAAAACCCUAAUAGAUCUCACUAGAGCCUGUUAAGCUAUCGCUAGAAUCAUAAAAAUACCCUUGAAAACCCAAAUAACUCACUAGAGCUUGUUAAAAGUAAAUAUUACUCACCAAAACCAUUAAGAAUACAAUACCAUGUCUUAAACCUCUAGUCAUUUAGUGUAUAAUACAGUCAAUAGUUUGUAUACCAGAAUAUUAAAUUAGGAUGCACUGUAGUCAAAUUAUAAGGGGUUCUUUUUAAACCUCUCUGAGUUGUUUUGUACCAAUGAUUAAGUGCAUGAGUGUGUGUUUUGUAGAGUGAAUGAUGGUGGUGGUGGUGAUGGUGGUCGUAUCUGUUUCACUACAAGACUCAAAGGAAGGAGUGAAAAACUCAUUUUUGUGGAUCUAGUCAUGAAUAUUUUGUUACUUCUGAAUAAAGGAGUUUGUUAA